AUGGUCAAGUCGUAUCAGCGGCACGGUCCAACAGAGGCCUUCGGCGUCAUCGCCAGCGGCCCCGCCGUCUUUGACGGCCGCAAGGCUUACUGCCCGGCUCUCGAGGAUGUCCUCGUGUGGGACGUCAAGAAGGGCGAGCAGGUCGCCAUGUGGCACGAGACGGGCCUGCGAGCUCUCGUCACCGCCAUCUCUCGCUCGCCCGCCGACUGGGACUCGUUCGCCGUCGGCUACGCAGACGGUUCCGUCCGCCUGUGGAACGCCAAGACCCAGACCGUCACCGUCACCUUCAACGGCCACAAGACGGCCGUGAGCGCGCUCGCGUGGGACCGCGACGGCACCCGUCUCGCGACCGGCGCAAAGGACACCGACAUCAUCGUGUGGGACGUCGUCGGCGAGGUUGGCCUGUUCCGCCUGCGCGGCCACCGCGACCAGAUCACGGCGCUCGCGUUCGUCGCCGCCCGGGCCGGCUCGGACGUCGACGGCGAGGUCGUCCCGCUCGCCGACCCGUCCACCUCUGCGUCGACCGCGGCGCCGUCUCGCCCGUCGACGCACCUCAUCUCGUCGUGCAAGGACACGUUCAUCAAGCUGUGGGCCCUCGAGACGCAGCACUGCAUCGAGACGGUCGUCGGCCACCGCUCCGAGGCGUGGUCGUUCGCCUACGACGCCGACAGCAACGUCCUCAUCUCGGGCGGCGGCGAGGGCGAGGUCAAGUGCUGGAAGGUCGACAACGACGUCCUCCUGCGCGGCCUGUCGGCCCUCGGCGGCGCUGCCGACGGCGACGCCCCCUCGACCGCCGACGGCGCGGCGAGGAAGAAGCUCAAGCGCGCCAUCUCGCCCAUCGCCGCCCUGUCGCUCCCCAACCCGUCGCACACGCACAACAUCUCGCAGAUCACCUUGCACCCGACCCUGCCCGUCCUCGCCAUCCACUCGGGCGAGCGCGCGAUCGACGUCUUCCGCCUCCGGACCGAGGACGAGCUGCGCAAGAAGCUCGCGAGGCGGCGCAAGCGCGAGCGCGAGAAGAAGGACAAGGCCAAGUCGGUCAAGGGCAAGGGCAAGGCGGUCGACGGCGAUGAGGUCGACGAGGACGACGAGAUGGACGGGCUUGAGGGAGCGGCGGCGGACGGCCAGGUCGAGUGGCGGGACCGCCUCGCGGUGUGGUCGACGGUGCGCACGAGCGGCAAGGUCCGCAACUUCUCGUUCGCGCCCGAGACGCUCAAGAACAAGGGCGAGGUGCAGCUCCUUGCCUCGCUCUCGAACAACGCCCUCGAGGUGUACAACCUUCCACCUCCCGCCUCGUCCAAGGCGCCCGCCGUCGAGCCCGUCAAGAUGCUCACGCUCGACCUGCCCGGCCACCGCUCGGACGUGCGCUGCCUCGCCGUCUCGUCCGACGACCAGCUCAUCGCCUCGGCGAGCCAUGGGUCGCUCAAGCUGUGGAACGUCAAGACGACCAAGUGCGUGAGGACGAUGGACUGCGGCUACGCCAUCUGCUGCUCCUUCCUCCCCGGCGAUCGUCAUAUCGUCGUCGGCACCAAGUCGGGCGAGCUCCUCUUGUACGACCUGUCGUCUUCGUCCCUCCUCGAGACGUUUGCCGCGCACACGGCGCCCCUGUGGUCCCUGCACGUCCGGCCCGACGGUCGCGGCCUCGUCACGGGCUCGGCCGACAAGGACAUCAAGUUCUGGGACUUCGAGGUCCGCGAGGUGCCGGCCGAGGUCGAGGGCGGCGCCGUCACGAGGGUCCUCACGCUCGCGCACGUCAAGACGCUCAAGAUGACCGACGACGUCCUCGCCGUCAAGUACAGCCCGGACGGCCGGCUCCUCGCCGUGUCGCUCCUCGACUCGACGGUCAAGGUCUUCUACGCCGACACGCUCAAGUUCUUCCUCUCGCUCUACGGCCACAAGCUCCCGGUAUUGUCGCUCGACAUCUCGUCCGACUCGAAGCUCAUCGUCACGUGCUCGGCCGACAAGAACAUCAAGAUUUGGGGCCUCGACUUUGGCGACUGCCACCGGUCGCUGUUCGCGCACGACGAGAGCGUCAUGCAGGUCGCGUUCGAGCGCGGCAGCCACCUGUUCUGGUCCGUCGGCAAGGACCGCAUGGUCAAGUACUGGGACGGCGACAAGUUCGAGUGCGUGCAGAAGCUCGCGGGCCACUCGGGCGAGGUGUGGGCGCUCGCCGUCAGCUACAAGGGCAACUUCGUCGUCUCGGGCUCGCACGACAAGUCGAUCCGCAUCUGGGAGAAGACCGAGGAGCCGCUUUUCCUCGAGGAGGAGCGUGAGCGCGAGCUCGAGGAGAUGUACGCCAACGCGUCGAACGCGCGUGGUGAGCGCGACGAGCUGCGCGUCCUGCCCUCGGGCGAGGAGGUUCCCGAAGCCGAGUCGACCGAGGUGACCAAGUCGACGACCGAGACGCUCAUGGCCGGCGAGCGCAUCCUCGAGGCGCUCGAGCUCGCCGAGAUCGACCGCCUCGCCAUGAGCGCCUACGAGGACGAGGUCGCGCUCGCGCCCAACGCCGAGGCGGCCAAGCGCGUCCCGUUCCCGAACCGCAACGCCGUGUUCGCCAUGUACAACAACGUGUCGGCCGACGAGUACGUGCUCAAGAUCGUCAAGGGCAUCCCGGCGGCGCAGCUCCAGGACGCGCUCCUCGUCCUGCCGUUCGGGCGCGUCACGCAGCUCAUCGAGCACAUCGACGUCUGGGCCCACAAGGGCUGGCAACUCGCCCUCACCUCGCGCGUCCUCUUCUUCCUCCUGCGCACGCACCACUCGCAGAUCGUCGCGACGCGCGCCCUGCGCCCGACCAUGGUCCAGCUCAAGGGCCACCUGCGCGAGUCGCUCAAGAAGCAAAAGAACACGCUCGGGUACAACCUCGCCGCGCUCAAGUUCCUCUCGCGCCAGCACGAGGCCAACAAGGUGGCCGACUUUUACGAGCAGGACAUGCUCGGGUCGGCGCCCGGGGCGGGCAUGGCGAGCGAGGAGAGCGUGCGCGAGAUGAUCGAGCAGGGGGCCAAGAAGCGCAAGAGGGCCGUCAUGAGGACGUAGACGCAGAGCUGAGGGUGCGAGCGCAAUCGUCGACGCUGUUGUACGCUCUC